CACUAUCACUGAAAAUAUCGCCAGUUCUAUAACAAGUUAAAGAAAAAGUAAUCCCACCUUACUUAAUUCAUGUUCAUUCGUUAUUUCUUCGCAUUGGAUAUUAUAUCAAACGUGUGUGAAAAUCAAAAUUUUCUCUGAUUUCAUAUGUCAUAUAAGAGAACACACGGAAGUUUAAACUUGAUGGAUUAUGUACAGGACUCUUGUUGAUGUGAAAAUGACAUGUAAAUAUUAUACACGUGGAAUUAACAGUACAGGAGCGGGCAGUUAGAGAAAACAGAGCACACCACACAUUGCUUCCAAGCCGGUUCAGAUGGGGAGAUGUUCCUCCAAACCGUGCUGCGAGAUCUCUGACGUCACCACUUUCCCGGAGUCCCGCCUCAUCAGUGUUCAACCAGUGAUUGACGAGGAUUUGACAACGGUCCCGCCCACUCUCAGAAGAGAUGAGAUUAUCUCAGAUCUCUCCAAGUUUAGAAAAGUAGACAAUUAUGCAGCCAAAGCUCCAAAAUCCACCGACCUGUCCGUCCAUAACCUAGCCAAGUAUUUGACCAAAGCCUCAAAAACAAACCUGGGGAGAGUCCGUGCUUUUUAUUACUGGAUAUGUCACCAUGUGGAAUUGGAUGUGCGAUCUUUCCUCAACAACUACAAGAAGCCCGUGGCGGCGGAAUUCACAAUGCACACUAAGGUUGCACUUAGCUACGGUUAUGCUGAACUCUUCGCAGAACUCUGCAGGUUAACAGACAUUCCGGUAAGGACUCUGUAUGGAUACCUGAAAGGAUACGGAUACAACCCAUCCAAACCAUUCAAAUACACCCAGCAAACCAAUCACGCGUGGAACGCUGUUCACGUGGUCGGUCAGUGGUGUUUGAUUGACUGCACAUUGGGGGCAGGUUUUGUUAAUGACGAGGGUCAUUAUAACCGAGAAUUCGAAAACUUUUAUUUUCUUACUGACCCUAACCAGUUGAUUUCUACACAUUUUCCGUACAUGGACAAAAACAAAAGAGAAAGUAAGGCCUGGCAGCUUCUCCAGAAACCUCUGACUCUGCAGACGUUUAAUAAAAAUGUGAAACGGACGAUAAAAUCCUUCCAAUGGGGCGUGGAUCUAGUAUCUCAUAAAGAAGCCGUGAUUUCUGUGACGAUGUCCGCCACUGUGUUUAUAAAAGGAACGUCACGAAUGCUCAGCAAUGUUUCUGCACGUCUAACUGAUACCGGCGGAAACGUUCACAAACAGUACACACUGGUUCAGAACCCGGAUCACAACCUGUUCUCAAUUCGAGUACGCCCUCCGAGUACCGGGAAGUUUCGAUUGACAAUACUCGGGCGUGUCGACAAGAACGACGCAACACUUUAUGCAGUUGUGUCGUACAUAUUACGUUGCAGACAGACGGAGCGAAAGGUCUAUUUAUAUCCAAAACACUCAGGAGUGUGGCGGUCACGCUCUGAUUACAAAGACUUCGGAUUCCAUGCUGGUGUUGAUUCGCCUUUAAUUAUGACUCCAAAAGAUGGUGAUCUAGAAUUAACGUUAAAUAAAACAAAAGACUUUACUGUCACUUUUCGGGUCGCUUAUUCUGAAUCCACGAUAAAAAACUUAGAAAAUUAUUUCUUAGUAGAAAACAAUGGGAGUGCAUUAUUAAUACGAGGUCGUUUCCCAGAAAAGGGUUUCUACAAAUUACAAAUUUUCUGUAAAACUGACUCUGGGAACUUCGAACCUGUGCUACUGUAUCUGAUAGACUGCACCAGACACGCCACGGAAAACGCUUCACCGUUUCCGGCAAUGUAUUCUUCCGCUACCGAGUACCAUUGCCAGCUUUUAGAGCCACUGAUGCGUGAACUACCGGAAGAAUCUUGGGUAAUAAUACGGUUUCGGUCCCGUGACAUUAUUAAAGCAGUUGUUAACGGAAGGAAAAUUGAAAAGGGAAAUGGCGGUGUUUGGCGCGCAGCUGUUCGGACCUCCACUGCCGGGGGCAGUUUACGAAUCGCCGGUACAAAAGACCCAAAGGGUCGCUAUUGGGUGUUGUAUGAAUUUACAAUUGUCAAAGGACCUAACUCUAUGGAGCUGGAAGACGUUUUAACUGCAAGGUCAAAUAUGUCACAACCUCCAGUGACGCAACGAUCAGAGAACCAAUCAACGCAAAAAACGCAUCGGGGUAUUUUGAAACGAAGUAUUAAAGAGAAGACUGUCAUAAUUUCGAAAUAGAUGUAAUAAUUCAAAUUUUUAUCUUACAAUAGAAAUACUGACUCAAAAUACAUUCAUCAACAAACAUUUUCAUUUUUGUGAAAAAUGCAGGUUUUUUUUUGUUUUUAUAAAUCAUUGGAGAUCUCCUGUUGACAUGGUAAAUACCGUUAUAUGUAUAGAGACAUACAUAACGUCUAAUAAUUGUAUCAUAUGUACAUGUGUGUACAUAAAUUCUGACAUUUUAAAAUUCUUAGUCUUGUAAGCAUAACAAAGUACAAACAUAUUGAAACCUGAGUGUGUUGUCUGUAAAUUACAUGACAGAGUGACCUAGAUGAGUUGGUUUGAUUAAACAUUGGCAUGCAGGACGUUACAUUUAUAUGAAAACUUCUACAAAUGUUUCACAAUUAAAGCUGAUAAACAUUUGUGUAAGUGUCAAGGCUCAACAAUUUAAAGCUAUAUGUGACAUUUUUACAUUUGCAUACAAACAAUUUUUGUUACACCAUAAUUUUGUUGUAUUUUUGAUUUAGACAAAGACAGUGUACGGAACUCUUAAUCGAUUCUCUUAUAAAAUAAAGUGUUUGUUUUAAAA